AUGCAAGUUGUCGCAGGGCAGUGAAGUAGUGUUGGAAUGAAAUCAAAAGAGAAGAGCAGAUAAAGAUGGAGGGGAUUCAACUGUGAAUAAAUCCCGCUUACAUUGGCUUGGCAUCUGGCUUCAUUGUGAGACAAAACAUGCGGGAAUCAAGACAGAGGUAAGUAAGUGCCUGUUUACAUUAUUUCCACAUGGUCAUGGUCAUAGGAACAUAACCAAAGCUGUAGCUGUUGAAGAAGAAACAAAUGGCUGCGCUUCCUUCUUCAAUUCACGUUCACCUAUUCCUUCCCAUGUAUAAAGAUGAGCCCUUAUCUUUCAACAAACCCAAAUUCCAGUAUAGGGCUAUUGUGAAUAAAUUGGACCUCGCCCAUAAAGUGGUUGAUGAAAUUCCCCAACCAAAGGCUUACGCCUGGAACCAGUUGAUCCAAACCCAUCUCUCCAAUAACCAUCCUCACAAUGCUCUCUCUGUUUAUCAUGGGAUGAUGCUUCGUGGUAUCCGUCCCGACCAUCAUACUCUCCCCCGCGUCUUAACGGCUUCUCGUCUUUGCUCCAACUUAGCGUUUGGGGAACAAGUUCAUGCCCAUGCUUUCAAGUUUGGCUUCUCCUCCGACCUCUAUGUCAUCACUGCUUUAAUAGAAUUGUAUGGUCGUUUGCACGCUGUCGAAACUGCAAAAUGGGUGUUGGAUAAUGCACCCACUUCCAAUUCUGUUGCUCGUACAAUACUGGCUAAGUUGUACUUAGUGGACAAUAAACCCCACUUGGCUAUUGAAAUAUUUAACCAAAUGCUUAGAUUGAAGGCUGACAUUGAUCCAGUGGCAUUGGUCACUGCUGCUGGCACAUGUUCCCUCUUAAAGUCACUGCAUCAAGCAAGAAAAGUGCAUCAGAUUGCUAGGGAAUGUGGUUUGGAAUUUCAUCUACUUGUUAGCAAUUCACUAAUGAAAAUGUAUAUUGAUUGUGAUAGUCUUGAGGAAGCUCGAUCUUUGUUUGAUGCAAUGCCAUCUAGAGAUCUUAUUUCAUGGACGGAGAUGAUUCAAGGGCAUGUCAAAAACGGGGGAUAUAACGAGGCCCUCAAAUUGUUUCGUCUAAUGACUAAGGCUCGAAUCAAACCUGAUUCCCUCACGGUUACAAGCAUUCUUCCAGCUUGUGCAAGAGUACCGGCUCAUAAGCAAGGGAAAGAACUACAUGCUUACUUGUUUAGGAAUGGAAUAGACAUGAAUCCAACAGUCCAGAAUGCUUUCAUGGACAUGUAUGUCAAAUCAGGUUUCAUUGAAUUAGCUUCAAAUGUUUUCACUUCCAUGGUGGAGAGAGAUAUUAUCUCUUGGACUAUAAUGAUAUUGGGAUAUAGCUUGCAUGGACAGGGGGCACAAGGACUAGGAUUGUUUUUGGAGAUGGAGCAAGACCCCAGCUUAGAGAUAGAUGAGUUCACAUAUGCUGCAGUUCUCCAUGCUUGUGUGACUGCUUGCAGGGUCGAUGUAGGAAUGUCUUACUUUGAUCGUAUUAAGGCACCUACUGUUACACACUGUGUUCUGAUGAUAGCUCUUCUAGCUCGUGCUGGACUCUUCAAUGACACACGCACCUUUAUUAAGGAACACCAGAUUGAGAAUAAGGUAGAGGUAUUAAGAGCUUUGUUAGAUGGAUGCAGGAUCCACCAGCAAGUAACGAUGGGGAAGCGAAUUGUUGAGCAGCUUUGUGAGUUGGAGCCUCUCAAUGCUGAGAACUAUGUUUUACUGUCGAAUUGGUAUGCGGAAAAUGCAAAAUGGGACAUGGUUGAUAAACUAAAGACAACAAUCAAAGACAUGGGUUUGAAACCUAAAAGAGCAUACAGUUGGAUAGAGUUUCGAAACAAAGUUCAUGUGUUUGGAACAGGAGAUGUUUCCCAUCCCAGAUCUGAGAUGAUACACUGGAAGUUGCAGCAUUUGAUGAAGAAAAUGGAAGAAGGAGGAGGAGAUAGACCUAGUUCGAUAUUUAGCUUCCAUGAUGUCGAUGAAGAACGUGAAUGUAUUCUAAUCGGACAUUGUGAAAUGUUAGCCAUAUCUUUUGGACUUAUCAGCACACGAGAAAGAACAACUGUUCGUGUUACAAAGAAUCUCCGAGUAUGUGGAAGCUGCCAUGACUUUACAAAGGCUAUAUCCAAGAUAGUACAAAGAGAAAUUAUUAUAAAAGAUCCUAAUUGUUUCCACCAUUUUAAGAAUGGUCACUGUUCAUGUGGAGAUCUUUGGUGAUUUCUUUUUCCACCUUAUAUCUAUCUGUUUAUCUGUCUACCUAUAUAUAUACCUAGAGCUUGACUGCUGAUACCCAAUAACAACAUUUAAAAAAAGGUUAAUACAUACUAUGGCACUUUGUACCUAUUUGGUACCUAAA